AUGUCGCUAUCUCUAUCGGAACGAAUUCCAGUCGAAAUAUGGGAAAAGAUUUUAUAUCAUGCCACUCGAUCUCCGCUCUUGCCAUUUACAGAAGACGGAGAACUGACCCCGGAUCUCGUCGACAAUCUUCUCCU